AUGCAUUCAUCUUUUAUUGUUAAUGAGCAGUACGAAAUAUUAAAUGCCAAAUCUUUAUAUGACACGGCAUCAGGAAUGAAUCUUCCAUGUAUAUUGGCAAAAACAAAUGAUACACUGCAUUUGAUAAUACUUGCAGAUCCUUUGGCUAGUGAAAACACUGCUAUUCUUUCAAUAUCGCUGGAUUCCCGUAUAUUCACUCCUGAUUCAAACAAUUUUUUGAAAAAUGAGCUUCUGGAUGGUCCUGUUGCUCUCAUUUACUCCACGGAUAAUGCUAUCCUUAUAUAUCAAACAUUUCCAGGAUCCCGCGAAUUAGUCUCGGUAAAAUUACCAUGGCAUCCCAAUCAAAUCAUAGGAUGCUGGUCAGAUAUUCGUCAAGAAUCUAUCCAUUUUUUAAUCAAGCAGGUUUCUCAAGACCAGACUUUGAUUAAACGCAUGGUAUUUAAUAUAAAUGAGUUACAGGAUCAUUACUCGGUCGAGCCCAAAAGUUUGGAUGUAAUGGGUGUGCCAGACUACAUGACAGAUUUUGUAAUUCAUAUCUCUGUCUUGCCUCGAAUGGGAAAAUCCGAGUUCGUAUUUGCUGCAUUGACUAGAUUGGGAACUUUGGUCGUAUUCUUUCGUGACAAAUUAGACUGGACUGCAGAUUUAAAAAACUUGAGGCUAGAUCUGCCCAACUCCAAAUGCCAGAUCAUUUCCAGACAAUAUGUUAUUGUUUUGACAUCCGAAACUGUUGCGAUAUUCAGCAAUGGCAUAUUAUCUCAAGUAUUUUCAUCAUUUCAAGCAUGCAUAAUCAGAAACUGUUCCUGGAGUAUUGUCGAGAUUCCAAAGUCGAACGUUGAGGAUGCAGGAUUAUUGCAAACCAAAGUUUACAUGCACUCAAUCAAACAAUCCUCAUCAACCAAGGUUGAAAACAAUAGUAUAAACAUUCCAAAUAGUCACAUUCAAACUGCAAUUGUAAACACUCUUGAGAUGCAGAUUGGGCUUGCCAAAUCUAUUGUUGCGGAUGUAUCGAAGCAGAUUGAAUUCAAACAAGGUGCAUUACGGGCAGGUCGACGAUACAUUUCCAGAAUUGCUGGGAAUCUAGUAACCGAUCCGGAUCAGUUGAUCCAACCUGAUCAAGCAUGCAUGGAAAUCGUUUUAAAAAACAUGGUCGCGGUUGAUCCCAACACUGGAAUGCGAUUGCUCACUCAACCUGAUUUUCUUUUGAAUGAGAAUCAUAAAAUCACUCCUGAUCCGUUAAUUCAAAUCACUAAAUGUACUGCCACUGUUGAUAAAAACAAAUACAAGGCUCAUAUUUAUAUCACAAUUCAAAACACCUCCAAUCUCACGGUAUAUAAUGUGUCUUUUGUGAUUGGCAAGUUGUCGCGAUAUUCAGAAACUUUGACCAGCAAUGCAUCGGUUAUAUCAUUAUUGGAAUCCAACUCGAUGUGUAAUGUAAUGUGUCGUGUAAAUAUACCUGUACGUGAUCGUGUAUCUGAUCUACGCAUGGCCAUAGUUCCAAUAUAUUCCAGAACAUUAGAUGGAAUUUUACAAUAUGGGUAUCCGAUCACUGCAACGACCACACAAGCACAAUCUUCAAUAGAGUUGAUAUGUACAUCCACAACGUCGUUGCUAUGGACACCCACAUCUUCAAUCGGCAGAUCAUUUGAUGAAGUCAUUUCAAUUGUUGGUAAAAUACUUGGAUGUAGCGUGGAUAUAUCUCACCAACGUGCAACAGGCGACUUGUAUUAUAUUGAAUUCAGUCUGUUGAACUCUGCCACCCUAUCCAAUACUCAACUAGCAAAAAGUAUACGUGAUAUCAAAAUCAAUAUAUUUGCCUUGAAUGAUGAGACGGUUAUUGAUUGUGUGUCAAAACUUGUGCAUGAAAUUCCAGAAAUUCAUUUGUAA